AUGGCUGUCGACUUGGCUGCUGAUCGCGAGCUACUCAUAACCCUCCUCACGGUUGCUGGCAUCAUUCUGCUCCAGAUACUACUCGUCAUCGCCUACCUCGCCUACCUGAACUGGAAAGGAAAAGCUAAGUGGCGACGCCUAAGCGAGCGAGGCAUUGUCGUCAUAAACGGACCUGCGUUCAGACAGCUCGAGAACCAAGUCACGUUCAACUCGCCAGUCCGCCUAAAACUCCAACAGCGCAAGAAGAAGACAUCGCUCGAAGGGAAUGAGCUACAUUGA